AUGGCUGGUUGGUUGGUUGGUUUAUUAAAUGGCUUGUUGUCCCUCUUCCUGCCCAGCCCUCUCUUCCUGGACACUUCAGGGAUUUGGCUUCAGGACCGGCCCUCCCUGGCCUCGGUGGAGGCGUCGUGGGACGCGGCGGAGGUGGCAGCGCUGCGGGAAGGCACGGGUGGUGACCCAGACCUGAGGGCUCUGGAGGGGGACAGUGAGGAGAAGCUGGCUGUGCCAGACCCAGAGCUGGAGGCCAUCACAGCCAGAGUGCGGGAGAUGGAGAAGGAGUAUGAGAGGCUGAAGGAGUUGCAGCUGGAAGCUGAGACCCAGCUCAUCAUGAGCUCAGAGGCAGGUCUCUUCCCAAAGACAACAGAGGAGAAGGUGGAGGCUGACCAGCGAUCCAUCUAUGUGGGCAAUCAAGUGCAGUUACUUGGAGGAGACUUUAAAAUCCCUCUCUUCCUGGACACUUCAGGGAUUUGGCUUCAGGACCGGCCCUCCCUGGCCUCGGUGGAGGCGUCGUGGGACGCGGCGGAGGUGGCAGCGCUGCGGGAAGGCACGGGUGGUGACCCAGACCUGAGGGCUCUGGAGGGGGACAGUGAGGAGAAGCUGGCUGUGCCAGACCCAGAGCUGGAGGCCAUCACAGCCAGAGUGCGGGAGAUGGAGAAGGAGUAUGAGAGGCUGAAGGAGUUGCAGCUGGAAGCUGAGACCCAGCUCAUCAUGAGCUCAGAGGCAGGUCUCUUCCCAAAGACAACAGAGGAGAAGGUGGAGGCUGACCAGCGAUCCAUCUAUGUGGGCAAUGUGGAUUAUGGGGGCACUGCUGAAGAGCUGGAGUCUCACUUCAACAGCUGUGGGCAGAUCAACCGAGUGACCAUCCUCUGUGACAAGUUCUCAGGGCAUCCUAAAGGGUAUGCCUACAUCGAGUUCAAAGAGAAGAGCUCAGUGAAGGCUGCGGUGGAGCUGGAUGAGAGCGUGUUCAGGGGCCGUGUCCUUAAGGUGCUGCCCAAGAGGACCAACAUGCCAGGCAUCAGCACCACUGACCGUGGGGGCCACCGGGGCCGCUUCCAAGCCCGGGGCCAUCGAGGGGGCUACUAUGGAGGGCAGUACCUGAGGGUGCAAGGGAGGACCUACAGGGGUCGGGCAAGGUUGCUGCCGUGGUACUUCCCAUACUAG